AUGGCUAGGAAACUCGGUGUACUGGUUAUAUCCGACGAAGUAUAUGAUCAGGUUGUAUAUGGAGACAGGCCCUUUGUUCCAAUGGGGAUAUUUGCAUCGAUAGCUCCGGUGAUCACGCUCGGAUCCAUAUCCAAAGGAUGGGUUGUACCUGGCUGGAGAAUCGGCUGGAUGACCAUCAACGAUUCUAAUAGCAUUCUUAAACAAGCAGGGGUUAUAGUCCAAUCAAUAGAGGAUUGUCUUGAGUUAACUCCACAACCGUCAUUUAUUCUUCAGGAAGCACUUCCUGAAAUAUUGGAGAAAACACCAAAGGAGUACUUCGCCAAGAAGAAUAAAGCUAUGAAACGCAACGUAGAGCUUUCAUUUGAGAGGCUACGGGACAUUCCUUGUCUUUUUUGCCCCAAGAAACCUGAAUCUUGUUCUUAUUUAUGGUUAAGGCUUGACACAUCAGUGUUGGAUAAUAUAAAAAACGAUCUCUCUUUCAGUUUAGCAAAAAAAAAAAAAAACGAUCUCGAGUUUUGCACUAAGCUAGCCAGUGAAGAGAGUCUAGUCCUUGUACCAGGAGUGGCUUUCGGAUCGAAGAAUUGGGUGAGGAUCUCGAUCGGCACUGAAGAAUCAGAGUUAGAGGAGACAUAUGACAGGUUAAAAAGUUUCUACGGCCGUCAUGCCAUUUCCAAAGAAAGUAUUAAACCCAAUGGUCAUAAGACUGUUAAUCAGAGAAUUGUUGCUGUUAUCUGA